UGGGAGCACGGUGGAGAGGAUGGCUACAGAGCCCUCAUCCGCAAACUACAGCUCACUGUGAGAGCGACAAGACCCCUUACCUCAGGUACAACAGAGGCAAAUGAACUUGCCUGGACAACAGCAGACCCAGAAACCACAUCAACGUCUCUUUCUGCCUUGAGCACUGCUGAAGACACAACCCCGGUUGCCAUGGUGACAACUUCAGAAGCUCUACAUAUGACCACAGAGCCAGUUUAUACUACAGAGCCAGACCUCACCACAGUACCAAUGACUACGGAGCGCCUACCUACAACUACAAUAACAACAACCACAGCACUCGUACCAUCAACAAUACCAGAGAUGACAACAGAACUACCACCCCCAAGUAUAACGGAGAGGAUCACAGAACGCCCACUACCAAGCACAGCUAUGACCACUUAUACUUUCUUGAUCAAAGUAACCAAAGGUCAAGGUUCACCUGUGCCUGACAAUGUGCUAGUGUCCACUUCAGUACCGACCAUCCUUGAAAACUCAUCAGAACUGUGGCGUAUGGUGGUGUAUGGUAUUCUGGCACUGCUUGGCCUGGUCAUCUUGUGUGCAGUAGUGCUAUUCAUCAUCAGGCGUAUAAAGAGAGACAGGAAUGCAGCCUAUUCCCCCUCCCACAUGUCCAUGGAGGCACUAUGGGAUUCUCCGCUGCUGUCGAACCCUCUAGGAUACUCCCUGAACCCCCUGGAGUCCACUUCUUUUGAACCCAAGUCAUCUGCAGCCAACACUUCUGGACCAAAUACAUCUGAAACGAAGACCUCAGAACCGAACACAUCAGAAACGAAUACAUCAGAGCACAAUUCAUCUGAACCAAAGCAAUCUGAUAUUUGA